UGUGUGCACAAAACUGAACUGUGGACGGUACAAAUCGCCGUGACGUCUGUAGUGGCAAACGCAGGCAGCAGCAGGGAUCCUUUCUUGCCCUAUCUGGACCCAAGACUUUACCAUUCAGUUCCCACUGCAGGGUCCCGGAAGAUGGACGUACAGGGAGUCUGGCCUCAUGGUUCCCACAGGUCGAAAUGUCAGACUAGACUCAGACAGCCACGAUCAAAAAGAUCCACUUGGAGGCUUGGUUGUAGCCCUGUACGAUACAACUUGCGACACGAAAGGACAAGUGUAGAGAUUGGGAUGCCGCGGGUGGAGAUACCAGUCACCUGGGUGCAGUUGGAAGUCGGCUACACAAGAAUAGCUAGUACCGUACGUGAACUGGCUAUCUCUCCAAGACGUUACGUUGAUAGCCGACGCGAGACCGCAAACACAUGGAUCGCGAUCCUAGCUUGGCUUUUGGACC